AGCUCUUGUCAAAAAAAAGUUUUUUUUUUUAACAUUUUACAUUUUAGAUUUCAUUUUUUUUUUCUCUUUCUUCUUCCUUCUUCCCCUUUCUACCUCGUUAAUACAUCAUAAUGGCCACACCUGUUGUUCCUCCCACUACACCUACCAACACUGCACCCAUCACUCCUGGUGCUACUCCUCGCAUCUAUUCACCUCUUUCUACUUUCCCAAUCAAAGAUCAACAACCUACUGGUUCUCCCUUGAACCCUCUUCAUUGGGGUGCUUGGUUCUCUUAUCAAAAGUCCAAGUUGAAUCUUCCUAAUCCUGGUAAAUUUGAACGUUUACACAGUGAAGCCAAAGACACAUUUGUUACCAACUAUUUAUUCGACGGUGCUCAAGCCAACAUUGUUAAAGAAUUAUCCGGUAACUUCCACGUACAACAUCAAUUCUCUUUAGGUUCUCAAGUCAUGCCUCCCAUGUACAACUUUAUGUCUGGUUAUAUGACUGAAAGAACUAUGGCUCAAGGUACUAUGGACAAUGAUACCAACUUGAAUGCAGUUGUUCGACAUGCUUGGUCUGCACGUACAGCUACUAAGGUUGUUGCUCAAAUUACUCAUAUGCCUGGUCAAUCCAUGCUUCAAAUUGAUCAAGAUUAUACUGGUUCCGACUUUUCUUGCAAUAUCAAAGCUAUGAACCCCAAUCCUCUUGAAUUCACUGGAUUGUAUAUGGCUAAUUAUUUGCAAUCUAUCACUCCCAAUUUGGCUCUUGGUACUGAAGUGGUAUUGCAACGUCCUACUCCAGAUAUGGAAGAAACUGCCAUGUCACUUGUUGGUAAAUAUACCGGAAGUGACUUUGUUGCUACAGCUCAAUUCCAAGGACUUGGUGCUAUUCAAGCAAGUUAUUAUCAACGUAUCAAUGAAAAGGUAGAAUUCGGUGCUGAAAUGAAUAUUAUGGUACAAAAUGGUCGUCGUGAAGCUGUGGCUACUGUGGGUGGUAAAUUUGAUUUUAGACAAGCUACUUUCCGUGGUCAAAUUGAUACUACUGGUAGAGUGUCUGCUGUAUUGGAAGAAAAGAUGGCUCCUGGUUUCUCUUUCCUCAUCAGUGGUGAUUUGGAUCAUAUGAAGGGUCAAAGCAAGUUUGGUGUUGGUAUUAUGUUAUCUGCUUAGAUUUUUUUUUUUGUCU